CUCAUAAAUUUUGAACAAAAAUCCAUUUGAACUUCUUGAAACAGAGGAGCAUAGGAGAGGGAGACUGUGAGUUCUAGGAGACCACUUGGUCACCCAGCUUCUAGUAACAACAGCUAUCUCUGAUGCCAAGUAUGCUCAGACAACUGUUAAGAAGACAAUAUCUUGUAUAAGAUCUCUCUUAAGCCAGUUUGAAGAAUCUGAAGCAAAGUACUAAGAUGCUUGUGAUAACCUCAAGAUGAGGAUUACCGAAGAUGAACAGCAGAAACUUAGGGAAGAGAAGAUCACCAAGAAGGAGCUCAUAUAUCCAAAGUUCAAGCCUGAGUUUCUCAAAAAGGAAAACCCCAGAAUGUAUAAUCUAAGAAAAAGAGUUCCUGUACAAGUUUGUUUAUCAAAGAAAGUGGCUUAAGGUAGUUUUCCAGGGCUAAGCUUCUUGCUAAAAUAGUUUGUCAGAAAGGUGCCUCUCUUCCUUUGGUUGAC